AUGGAAUCACGUGAUGCACACUUUGCCACCUCGUCCGUCGCGCGGCUCGUCGAUCGUGGCGACAGCCGUCAGUGCGGCAUGGUGCGCGUCGUCAAGGGCGGCGUGUGGAAAAAUACCGAGGAUGAAAUCCUCAAGGCUGCCGUGUCCAAGUAUGGUAUGAAUCAAUGGGCGCGCAUCUCGUCGCUGCUCGUGCGCAAGACGCCCAAGCAGUGCAAGGCGCGAUGGUACGAAUGGCUGGAUCCGUCGAUCAAGAAAAUCGAGUGGUCGCGUGAAGAAGAUGAGAAGCUCCUGCAUAUGGCGAAGCUCAUGCCGACACAGUGGCGCACGAUCGCCCCGAUUGUGGGUCGUACGGCCACACAGUGCCUGGAACGCUACCAGCAGCUGCUGGACGACGCCGAUGCGCACGAGUCGGGGCUGGGUCUAGCCGGUCCCGGUGUCGAGGCAGCUCCCAGUGCUGACCAGGUACUGAAACUGCGUCCUGGCGAGAUCGAUCCUGACCCAGAAUCGCGGCCGGCCAAGCCUGAUCCGGUCGACAUGGACGAGGACGAGAAGGAGAUGCUCUCUGAGGCGCGUGCUCGUUUGGCCAAUACGGAAGGUAAGAAGGCCAAACGCAAGGCUCGUGAGCGAGCGCUGGACGAAGCACGGCGGCUCUCGACGUUGCAGAAGCGACGCGAGCUCCGCGCGGCUGGCAUCGUCGGCAAGGGCCGCGACAAGGCGAAGGGCAUUGAUUACAAUGCCGAAAUCCCCUUUGAAAAGCAGCCACUCCCUGGCUUUUAUGAUACGAGUGCCGAGGCGGCCAAGACCUACGAAGAGCCCAUGCGGCGCACGCUGUUACAGAUGGAGCCUGGCCCCCAACCGACCGACGAGGAGGCGAAGCGCAAGCGCGACAAGGCCAUGAACAAGCCCUCCAGGCACGAAGAAGCACUUCGCCGCAUGCAGGAGGCGGACAAGGUAUCGAAGCGCCGCAAACUCAUGCUUCCCCAUGCACAGGUGAGCGAAGCGGAUAUGGAGCAAAUCAUCAAGCUCGGUCACGCCGGCGAAGAGGCACGCGCGCUCGUCGAGCAUGGCGAGUCUGCGACUGAGGGUCUCUUGGGCACGUAUACGCCGAUAGAGCGUCCUGCUCCGGAUGCGACGCCUGCGCGUGCGCCUGUGGCUGACGCCCUCGUUCGCGAAGCGCGCGAGCUGCAUGCACGUACCGUGACACAGACGCCUUUGCUGGGCGAUGAGAACGUGCCGAUGCCAAGCACAGCUCGGCCAAGCGAGCCUGCUUCUACGCCCGCUGCUACGCCAUACCGUGAUGCGCUCGGCCUGAACGACGGUAGUGCAACGCCGCGUGAUGCGAAGAUGCAGGCGCGGAUCGCAAAGCGCCAGUUAGCUGCACGUCUCGCCGCUCUUCCUGCGCCCAAAAACGACUUUGAUAUUGUCGUGGACGAGCCGCCCGUACCAGAGCCCAUCGUGCAUGACGACGUGGAAGAAGACGCUGCUGUGCGUGAUGCGCGCCUCGCCCAGGAAGCCGCUGAGGAGCGUGAGCGGGCUUGGGCGCGUCGAACUCAGGUCGUGCAGCGGGCGCUCCCGCGGCCGGUGGAUGUCAAUCCACACCAGCUGGAGGUGCUCCUUGCAUCGUUGCGUGCGUCAGACGAUGAGGCCCAGCGACUUGUCGACCACGAGGUGGUGCAGCUCAUGGCGCAGGACGCGCGUGUAUUCCCGCUUCCUGGCAGUCGUAACGUUGGUGGACAAACAAGUGCGCUUUGGCCCGUGCCCGAUACGUACCUCGCCCAGGCUCGAGCUCUCGUGGAGGCUGAGACACUGCACGCCACCGAGCCGUCGGAGCCGGUCGACAUGCCUGAGGCAUGGGCACCGGAUGGCACGCGCGUGUUCCGCGACACGCUCUCUCGCGAAGCAUACAUCCAAGGUGCACAGCAGCGACUCGAGGUCCUGCGCACCAAGAUGAACGACGCUGCGACCCAGGCUCUCAAGAGCGAGAAACUUCUGAGUAAGCUUCUAGGCGGCUACCAGGCACGCUCACGUCGGCUGGGCGGCCAAGUGACAGAGGCGGCCGCGAAGCACGCGGAUAUGAGUGUGCGUAUAUCGGCGCUUGAGCGCCUUGCCUCGAGUGAGCCGGCGGCUGGGCAAGAACGUCUGGAGCGCAUCGCAGCGGAUGUCGCGCGUCUCUCGGCGAUAGAACGCAUGGCGCAGGGCGAGCACAAGGAGCUCCAGGAACAACGCGCCGCAGCACAAGAGGCAUGGGACGAAAUCCAAACGGAGCUCGAUAUGCGCCGAGCAGAAGCGGCGCUCCUUGCAUAG